AUGAAUGCCACGAUCGAAACCAACGCAUCUCACACCCGCGCACUCGAGAAACGCCCCGAAGGGAAGGAGGCACAAGCGCACGACGCCGACGUUGCGCUCGACUUGCAGCGCCAGUACGACCAGGAGGAUCAACAUCUGCAACAGCAGUAUCGUUUCCUCAAGGAUACGGCCCCCGCUAUCUUCAAAUGCGCCAUAUGCCUCGAACGCUAUCAAGAGGACUUCGUCGUCCGCCUUAUGCCGUGUGGUCAUAUGUUCUGUCGCGGCUGGGCACGGCGAUCCAGCGAACUGGACGUCGAAUCCCUCCAGCAGCUUGGUCUGACAGAGAAGCAGUACGAGAGAUACAACGAGAUGCAGCUGGCGCGGUUUUCCACCAUCGUUCAUUGCCAAAAGCGAGUUGCCUCAUGCAAGAGGACGAUCUUCGUCGACAAGCGAGAGUAUCAGCAGACCAGCGAGGUCGUCUGUCCGUUCCCCAAAUGCGGAUACGCGUGGUGCAAGAUGUGCUCGCAAGCUCUCGAUCCCAGCGGUCCAAAGCACUCCUGCGACGGGUCAUCGGAGUUGCGACAUCUCAUGGGCGAGCGCGGCUGGAAAGCCUGUCCGGGAUGUGACACGCCCACGGAGAAGACGGGCGGAUGCAACCACAUGACGUGCAUGUCCCCCGCGUGCAACACCCACUUCUGUUACUUGUGUGGCAAGCUCAUCGUCAAAACGUCCAGGAGAAGUAGCCUCAAAUCAGCACUGGCGAAGCACUACCGGAAGUGCACGCUUUUUGAGUAUCGUUGA